AACAUUUCAACAUAACCUUUAAAAAACACUCUUCUUGGAUCUCUCUUAUACGAAAUCCAAGUCAAUUCAAGAUAAAGUUAAAGAUGGCUUGCUGGUCUGCUGAGAAUGCCACAAAAGCUUAUCUCAAAACCCUAAAAAUGGGUCAAAAGGCUAAGGAGCCAAACGAAGCCGAGUUCAUAUCAGCACUCGCCGCCGGUAGCAAUGCACAGCUAAUGGUUGUGGCAUGUGCCAAUGAUGCAAACUCCACAACUCUAGCCUUGGUGGCCGCCGCUCAUCAAACUGGAGGCCGUGUAGUUUGCAUUUUCCAGGGGCUUGAAGAACUAAAACAAUCCAAAAAAGCCCUCUUCAUUGACGCAAACCAUGUUGAGUUUGUUCUCGGAGAUGCUCAAAUUCUUCUAUCAAGCCGCUACCAGGAAGCGGAUUUUGUGCUGAUCGAUUGCAAGCUCGAGAACCAUGAAGAGAUUCUGAGGGCGGUUCAAUCUGGCAGGAGGCGCCAUGGCUCUGUUGUUGUUGGGUUCAAUGCAUUCUGCAAAGGGUCGUGGCGGUCCAGUGGAGCCAAAACCCAAUUGUUGCCGAUCGGAGAAGGGCUGAUGGUGACAAGAAUAGCCGCUGCAAGUGCCAAUAAGAUUCAAAGCUUUGGUAGAAAGAGUCAGUGGAUUGUUAAGGUGGAUAAAUGCACUGGUGAAGAGCAUGUUUUCAGGGUCAGAUUUCCACAAGGAAAAGUGAUUCAAGCUUAACUAGAUUUAUUUCUAGCUUUAGAUGCUCCAUUUUCUUACCUGGAAAAAAGCCUGGCAAAGUUUUUUUCAUCAAUAUCUUCCAUUGUAGAACCUUUGAGGUGAAAGAGAAGUGUUGAGAGUAAAUAGCAGUAUCAUUAUAUAUGUAAUAUGUAUAAUACUAUAAUGAUUUAGAUUUAUGAAGAAAUAUACGAAUUAAUUGUGUUUAAUUACUAUAUAAUAAGCAUUUGAAUGCCUGUAA